UUUUAGGUGAAAAUGGUGAUAAAAUGUACUUUUUUGUGAGAAAACCAAGUGCAAGCCGAUUGAUGUCUCUAGGUUUUCUCCAGAAAACAUACUUGCAUGUUGCAUUUAGUGCUGCAGUACCUUUUGGUUCAUCUCAUGUAUAUAUUUUAAGGCUAGUAAUUAAAAUUAAAUUAAAAUUGAGACCACCACAGCACAGUCUAAAUGUGAUUUUUUGCAUCAAAGACCAGUUUGUUCAGGACUAGAAAAGAGGGAAUGACAGUAAUUUAGCCACAAAGUGGUACAAUACAUAACAGGACAACUGGUUCAGCGGAUCCAGAGAUCGCCAACUUUCUGUAGAGUCAAUUAUUACAGACUACAAACUGCAACAAAAUGAAAAUUAAAUUUUAAUUAUUGCAUACGAUAUGAUACGGCACACCCCUAACUGAGAUAUUAAAAAAUACAAGAAUUUGAUCAGAUUUGUAACAGAAGUCAAUGAUCUAGAAUGCCAUGAUACUAAUAAUAAUGCACUCCAAAUAUCUCCAUAUAUCCAGGAUUAAAGUAAAAUAAAUGAUACUGAACAGAUAUAAUCUGUCUCUAGUAGAUAUAAAUUGGAAAAUGAGAACAGUGGGAAUUUUUCUUUUGAAAAAAGUAAAACCCUGACGUGAUAAUUAGGGGUGGGUGAUAUGGCACCAUAUUUCGAAUCAGAUUUUUUUGCUUAAUGUGGCUCAGAUCAGAUUUUUAAUGGCUGCGUUAACGUGCCAAAUUAGUCAAAUCAGAUUUGAGUCACUUCCAUAUGUGGUCCUAAAUCCGAUAUGUAUCCGAUCUACGGACAUGCGGCAUGAAUGGGAACGUCAAAUGAAGCAGAAUUCAUGCAUCAUUUUGCUUUUAGGCAUUAGCAUUAGCGAUAUGUGCUUCUCUCUCGUACCCACACUGCAUCUCUUGGUGCAGCUGUGCAGCUAUAGCUGCAAAAAAACAGCAAAAGCAAACCACCUGUCCUUUUUUCACCUCCUGGAGCUGAGCAUGAACUUCAGAGCAGCUGUUUACUGUUUCUCCACUCCAGCAAAAGAUGCUCCACAUAUGAGCUGCUAACUCAUCCAUUUCCCUUUAUAAAGCUACGAGUCUCUCCUCUCUCUAAUAUGAGGGUUUUUGUUGUUGGUGAAGAAGGAGGCGUUUAUACAGGUAUCAAUGUGCAGCAUGUGAGACGAUUCAGGAACAGAUUCUGUGUUCACAUUACACACAGAUACAGAUCACUUACAUUUACAGUGAAUGUGAACCAACAAGAUAGACAAAUCUGAUCUGAGCAAAAGUGGCGUGUUGUGAAUGUGAACGUAGCCUUGUUGAUGCAUUUAAUAUUGAAUUUUAUAUAUUUUUUCCUUCUCCAGAAUGUAAUGACCUCCUGUUACAUAUCCUCUACGACGGCACCUAGUGACCUUUUUCUCUACAACCUCAAUCUACUUCAACAGACACCUCAAGAAAGAUAGCACAAUGUUGUCAUUAGACCAGAUCAAAUGUGAGGAUGAAGUUUCUACAAGCUUCACUCAGACGAUAGAUAUGUCUGCUGCUGUACACAGUACUAUUUCCUGCACACAAACACAAAACAGCACAGAAGAAGAAAGAUGUUUUCAGUGUUUAGAUUGUGGAAAGAGUUUUAGUCAACCGGGUGUUUUCCAGAGACACCAGCGCAUCCUUUGCGGGGAGCAACUGUGUACAGAAUGUGGGAAGAGUUUUAAAGACUUCAGUACCCUCAAAAAGCACCAGCUAAUUCACGCAGAAAUAAAACCGUUUCCGUGCCUAGAGUGUGGAAUGAGCUUUAGCGACAGUAGCAACCUCAAAAAACACCAGCGCAUUCACACUGGAGAGAAACCUCAUCGCUGCUCAGAGUGUGGAAUGAGUUUCAGAAAGAGAAGUGGCCUGAAAAUACACCAGCGCAUUCACACUGGAGAGAAACCGUAUCACUGCACUGAGUGCGGGAUGAGCUUUAGUAUCACUAGUAACCUCAAAAAACACCAGCGCGUUCACACUGGAGAGAAACCGUUUCAGUGCUCCGAGUGUGGGAGGAGUUUUAGAAAUAGUAGUGCCUUCAAAGCUCACCAGCGCAUUCACACUGGAGAGAAACCGUAUCAGUGCCCAGAGUGUGGACAGAGCUUUAGAGACGGUGGUGGCCUUAAAAAACACCGGCGCAUUCACACUGGAGAGAAACCGUAUUACUGCUCAGAGUGCGGCAUGAGUUUCAGAGAGAGUAGUACCCUGAAAACUCACCAGCGCAUUCACACUGGAGAGAAACCGUAUCUGUGUUCAGAAUGUGGAUUAAAUUGUAGAGCUCUCAGCCAACUUCUGACACACCGGCGCAUUCACACUGGAGAGAAACCGUAUCAGUGCUUAGAGUGCGGGAAGAAUUUUAGAGACUAUAGUGCCUUUAAAAAGCACCAGCGUGUGCACUCAGGCCCAAAAUCGAAUGAUUAAUCAAAAUCAAUGCUUAAUAUUAAAAUGUUUGUUUGUUCAGAAAGUGUUUUAUAUUCUUAAACAUUGUUAAUUAUAUUUAAAGUAGACAAAAGUCAUUGCAAAUGACUAAUUAUUUAAUUAUUAUUAGUGUUGUUGGUCUAUAUGGGUUUAAUAAAGUGUGUUUAAUGAUGAGUGCAGUGCAUCGCCUAUUGCUAUUUUUUUUGUGUGUGUUUUUGCACUUUGGUUAUAAGCUCAAUAUAAAAAAGUUUGUUUGUUUAGAAAUUAUUUUCCAUUCUUAAAUUAUGUUAAAUUAUAUUAGAUUAUAGAGGAAAGUCCUUCAGA